UGGUUGUUGUGGUUGUCGUCCGGUAGUGGUGGUGGAGAGCCCCAUCACAGCAAGAUAGAAGGAGGGUUGCCUGCCAUGCCGCACCUGCCAGUGCCUCAGCCCCGCCACUACUACUAUUACUACGCACUGUCCAGAGGCAACUUGGCGUGCGUAAGGCGCAAGCAUUCCCGACACUGAGGCCUUCUCCCACACAGUGGCACUGUUGGGAGCGUUGCCAUUGGCUCCUUGGUGCCAGGGAUUAUCAUCGGCCGAGAGAAAGAUUUUCCUCUUAAAGGUUAUACACUUUCAGCGAGAAACAAGAGUGCCCAAAGAGACACAUGAUCUUAUAGAUCCACAAGUGCUCGAGCAUCUGGACGCUACAUGAAACUUGUAUUCCCGAGCGCGUCGUGUCGUGUGACCCGAUGAGAAGGCCGCACGACCAUCCCUCUGAUGCUUGGCUGCGACGUCCCCGAGUGUUUCCCCAUUACUGCCUUUCCCAGGACCCCCGCGAGCGCCUUCCCGUGAGUCCCUCCCGGCAUGGCCCGCCCCGCAAGUCCUUGUCGCUCCGCCGUCGUGAGAUCUUUCCAAGAGUUCUCUUCACCGCGUGAUCCUCGAACGACAGGAAGAGUCUAGCAAGGACAUCCCCCUUACUAAAGAAAAAUCCUACCCUUUCUCCCUCAGCAAAUACGUAUAAUCUGCCAGACGAAAGGCUCUUAAAAGAGUCUUGGCAUCACAAGUCCUGCUGGAACUUGUCGUUUUAGCCCUCCCCCCUCUUCCGUACCGCGUCCGUCAAGAUUUGUAUACUGACUGAUGUCUAAGCGCACGACGAUGUGACAUAAGGCCUACCGCGUGUUGUGGGCGUCGAGGCGCGCUCAGGCCUCCAACACCCCAACCAUCACCACCACCACCAUCACCGCCACGCCCCCAGCCACCGCCUCCGUCGAGGAAGACAACGCAGACCCCAAGAGACGCGAGAGCAAGGGUGCCACCGAGAGCUGCAUCAGCCCCGCCGCGGCCGCCGCGAGCAGCCCCGGUUCGAACACGAGCCCUACGAGCACCACCACCGCCACAAUUUCUCACACGGUGAAGAUGCUAAGUCCCAAAAUGCAGCGCACGAUCAGAAUUAACGAGAACCAGGUGCUCAUGCUGGCGGAGAAGGCGAGGCAUGACCACAACUACUCCGGCUACCUCUACAAGCGAUCCUCAGACUCCAACAAGUGGCAACUCCGAUGGUUUACACUUUACCAGAACCUGCUCUUCUACUCGGAAGGGGAAUCGAGCGUAAAACCUUCAGGUGUGAUAAUGCUCGAGGGUUGCUAUUGCGAGCGACUUAUCACCACCAACACCAACACGAAAAAUAAGGACACGGACAAGCAGUUCUGCUUCGCCAUCACCUACCGCCGUGAGAACCAGCGACAGUAUGACCUGAAGGCGGAGACAGAGGGCGAAUGCAAGGCCUGGAUCGACGUCAUCCGACAGGCGUCCUUCAACAAGCUCCUGCUGCAGAAGGAAGAGCUGGAGCAGAAGCACUUGCACCUUCUACAGAUCGUAGAGAGCGAGAAGACGGCCAAAUGGCAGUACACACAGCAGUGCGAGGAACUCACUUCGGAAAUCAAGAAACUCAGAGCAGAGUUAUGCACGCUGAAGAAAGAGUGGCGGGUGGUUCCUUCGCGGCGGCUGGAGGACCUUCCCGAAGACUCCGAAGAGAUAAAGAAGAUUAAGAAAGUGCAGAGCUUCUUCAGGGGCUGGCUCUGUCGACGGCGGUGGAAGCAGAUCGUCGAGGAGUAUAUCCGCUCCCCACACGCAGAGAGUAUGAGGAAGAGGAACAGCCUGGUGUUCCGAAUGGUCGAAGCGGAGGAGGAAUACGUAGAGCAGCUGAACCUCCUCGUGUCCUGCUUCCUUCGGCCCUUCAAGAUGGCGGCGUCGUCGAAGAAGCCUCCCUGCAGCCACGAGGAUGUGAACAGCAUCUUCUUGAACUCGGAGACGCUGCUGUUCCUCCACCAGAUCUUCCUCAAAGGACUCUCGGCCAGGAUGGAGAGCUGGCCCACGCUGGUGCUUGGGGACUUGUUCGACAUGCUGCUGCCAAUGCUGAGUAUCUACCAGGAGUACGUGAGGAAUCACCACUACAGCCUGCAGGUUCUGGCUGAGUGCAAGCAGAAUCCUCACUUCGGGGCCUUCCUCAACCGCCUGGAGAACAAACCCAACCUGCAGGGACGCACUCUCGAGACCUUCCUCACGUAUCCAAUGCAUCAGAUCCCGCGGUAUAUCAUAACGCUGCACGAGUUACUGGCCCACACCCCACACAACCACGUGGAACGCAAGAGUCUGGAUCACGCAAGGAUGCAGUUGGAAGAUCUCUCUCGCCAGAUGCACGACGAGGUGAGCGAGACGGAGAACAUCCGGAAGAACCUGGCCAUCGAACGCAUGAUCGUGGAGGGCUGCGACAUCCUGCUGGACGUCAACCAGAUGUUUGUCCGUCAGGGUAAGAAGCCGGCAGCCGCCGCCGCUCUCAGUUCCUGCUUCCCGAAGGAGGCCGUCCCCUCCUUCCCGCGCAGGUCCAUCGACUUCCCGCGCAAGACCACCGACCUUUUCACCUCGGAGGACGGAGAGGAGGCAGGAGCGACGCCUCGCUCUCAGCGCUCGCACUCCACCGUAUCCUACAUGUCACGCGAGCAACAGAUAGCCACUUUUGGCAACCGCCGCCGUCUCUCAUCGCUACGGCAGAGCUCCAUUGGUGGGAUGAUGCCGGCGGCGGCGGCGGCGGCUGCAGCGGCGGCCAGUAGUUCGGGCUCGGCGGGAGCGUCCAUGGUACGACACACGCUGAGCCUCGGGGCCUCGCCCCUGUCACCGCCUCAGCCCGACUCCGGCCGCCGCGCCUCGGACAUCCCCAGGAUCCGUAAGAAGAGUGUGCGCAUCUCUGAUGAAUCCUUCGACGAGUGCGAGGAGCUGGCGGCCUCAGGCAGCUCCUCCCAGCUUGGCCCCUCCGUCUUCACGCCCUCGGCCACGCCCAAUUCUUCGCCCGAGGAUCAGGAAGCAGGCGGAGGAGGAGCUGGAGGAGCUGCCCGAGCCGCCGGCCUCACGCCCGUGGAGGAGCGCUCGUCUCUCGAUUCCGGGGAAGACCCGCGACAGUGCCAGUGUCAGGUGCGGGCUGCCGCCGACCCUACCGUGCUGCCCUUGUUGAUCCUCACGUUGCUGCCAAGCGAUGGCGCCAGGUACCCCCGCCCCAACCCCAUCUUCCCUGUCGAGGGCCCAGACCCGUCACAACUUUCCACUUUUGUACGUGACCUCCGCCGACCGUGCUCCAAGCCGCUGCUGUUCGGUGGCCUGGCUUCCUCUCAGCCACAACACCACCGUGACCUCCACAGCAAUGGAGAUGCCUUCACGUCCUCAUUACUAUGUUCUAAAGUUUCUAGUGGUGGUGGUUACACUCAUAUCAGUACUCUGGUAUUGAGCUCUCGAACAGAGCUGUCACCUCGAGGCCUCAUCUCCUGUGUACAUGCUAGACAAGUGCCAUUUUUAGGAGUCUCAGUUCUCCUGGUUCCGAAGGUUCCUGUUUAUGCUAGCGACUCCUCGGCUCUAAGAACAAAAAAAUACGGUUAUUCUAAAAGCUUCUUAAACAUUCUAGAACACGAGGCUUGUCAAUUCUGCACUUCCACUGGUGGGCAGAAAGCAUUAGUAGAAUAUAGUGUAGAGUAUGAAAUCGACGGUUAUGAAGCUAAACUGAAGACUGACGGAGGUUCGCUGAUCCAAGUUCUGGGAGACCGACCGCGUCCUGUGAAGACCCGCCUCGGUCAGUUCAAGAGCGAGAAGGAGGCGGUGCGGCAGUGCUUCCUCUUCAGCAAUCAUCUGAUCGUGGCCACGCGGACGUCGGGAGGAAAGCUCCACCUGGUCGCCAACGUGGGAAAAGUCCCUCUCAACGACGCCACGCUUAUCGAAGACCCUACUGAACAGGUUACUCAGGACGAUGAUGGCGAAUCUGCCUCCGUGUGCUCGCUUUCGUCCCAGAGUAGCGGAGUUAGCGAUAGUUCAGCUGCUACAAGUAGCGGUUCCGGCCCGGGCAAGAACUUCCCGGUGGAGCAAGCCAAUUUGGACUUUAAGAUCAUCGUGGAACAGAAGAGCGGCUCUCCCAUUACACUCCACCUGGUCGCGCCCACGAUGCAGGAGAAACAAGCUUGGAUCAGUGAUAUCAGUCAGCAGGAGGAGGACGAGGAGGAGGAGGGGCAGGCCGGGACUGCACUGGAGCCCUAUAGGAAGACGGAGCUCCCCGACAGGCUCCUGGGGCUGAUUAGGACAAUUCCCAAGCGAGGAUCCAUUCCGUCCCGUCUCUGGAGAAAUCUCGGGAAGUGCCCCAAAGAUGCCAAGGUGGUCGAGGCGUCUUGGAAGAAAUAUAAUUAUUUAUCUCCAAAGCUUGUUGCACAGUAUAAUGCCUAUUGGUUUGGGUGGAUAGAUGAUCUUAAGAAGCCAAAGCAAACUCUCCUCCCGCCCCGACAGGUCCCCCACAUCCGCUACGCCACACCCGAGAGGCUCCUGGAACGACUGACGGACCUACGCUUUCUCUCGAUCGAUUUCUUGAACACCUUCCUGCUUACCUACCGGGUAUUCACCGAUGGCGUAACGGUACUGGAGGCGCUGAAGAAGGUCUACUACAACCCGGACGUCCAUGAUCAGAUGGCUGAUUCGCGGGACUCGUCUGUGGAGAGGUCCCCCGAGUACGUGGCUUCGCCCCCGCCGGAUUUCGACAGUGGAAGAAACUCCCCGAGGAGAACGUCCACCUUCAGCCCUUUCCCAGGGCUGGAGAUGGAAACACCACGAGACAGGUGCUGGACCUUCGACGCCCAGGUGGCCAAGGCUUCCGGAAACCAACACUGGCGCUGGUCCUACAGGCGUUUCGAAGAGGAACAGCGAGAGCAAGAGGAGCGUCGCGCCCGGGAGGAGUCCGACCCCCCCGCCGCAGCCCCACAGGGAGGCGCGGGAGGGUCUCAGGAGGGCCCCAACCUCCCCAUCAGCGCCCCCAACUCUCCGUUCAGCCCCAAGAAGGUCACCAUCCGGACGGACGACGACCCCAAGUACCUCACCAUCCCCAAGGGCCGUCGCGUCGCCGGCUCCACGUCUUCGGCUGAUACAAUUAUCGGCGAUGAGAGCAUGAGUCAGCCAGACAGCCCGACGGACGCAUCCACCUCCACCCUGACGGGCCCGGGGCCCGCCCUCCAAAGCUUCUCCGACUGGAAGCUGCCUUUCGACAGCGAGCGAGGGUCUAGGUCGCGCCGACCUUCCAAGAUCCUGGACGUGAUCACUUCUCCGCCUCGCCCUGGCUCCGGGCCCCGGCGCUCGCUGCCGCCCAGGAUGUCCUCGCUCGAGGAGCACCGUCAGAUGGAGACAGUGACCUCAGGUUCAGAGGCCGAAGAUGAGCAGGACCCCGUGGCCGGAAUGGGCGCACGACGACGCUCCGCCGCCCGCUCCCACAGCGCCGCCCCGAGUACCUCCUCGCCAGGGUUCCUCCUCGUAGGGCCACGCGUCAGGGGCGCCAAGAGACUCAGCUGCGAGAGCGACACGUGCGGCCUGGCCUCCCCGCGCUCUAGCGUCCACACCGCCACUCCGAGGUCAUCCUUCCAGGUGCCAGACUCGCCCUCACACUCCGUGCCAAGGGUCGGGGUCGUCAUUACAUCCUCCCGACAGUCUCAGCGAAGGAGCAGCAGUGCCUCCGCAGCGGCCGCUUUUGCAGUGGCCACAGCGGGAUCCAGCAACCCGAGGGACAUCCCCAAGACUCCGCCCCUCGGUAGGUUCUCUGUCGGGGGCGAGGGACGCCGCUCCUCCUUCAGGGAACGUCCAUCGCGACAAGAGUCCAUUAUCUCUACCGCUGCCACCAUGCGAGUCCUCAACGUCCUUCGCCACUGGGUCUCUAAGCAUUCCCAAGAUUUCGAGACGGACUUGCGGCUGAAGACUCUCACCAUCGAGUUCCUGGACGAUCUGGUGUGCUGCCCGACCCUCCUGCCAGCUGAACACAAGGCCGCGUCACAGUUACUCAGGUUACUCACUAAGGAGGAGCCAGCCAAUCCGCGAGUGGAUCUGAACACUCUCCUCACCCCGCCCACCACCCCAAGCAAGGAGAGCAUCGAGACCCUGUCAGCGCUCGAGGUGGCCGAACAGAUGACGUACAUCGACCAUCAGAUCUUUGUGGCGAUCAGGAGCGAAGAGUUCCUGAAGACAGCCUGGAUGAAGGAUGACAAGCAACAGAAGGCGCCAUAUAUCCUUCUCAUUACUCGGCGCUUCAAUGAGGUGUCGCGUCUGGUGGCCUCGGAAAUCAUUCGAGGAGCGACCCUGGCCUCGCGCAUCGCCGUCAUCGAGAAGUGGGUGGCCGUGGCUGACAUCUGCCGCUGUCUCCAUAAUUACAAUGGCGUCUUACAGGUAUGCGCUGCCUUCCAGAACUCCUCUGUGUUCCGGCUAAAGAAAACAUGGGAGAAAGUGUCCAAAACGACACGCCAGACUCUUGAGAAGCUUCAGGCCCUCGUCUCCUCCGACGGCAGGUUCCGUAGCCUCCGCGACGCUCUCCACAGGUGCGACCCGCCUUGCAUCCCUUACCUAGGCAUGUACCUCACCGACCUCUCCUUCAUCGAGGAGGGCACGCCGAACUUUACAGAAGAUACGCUACUCAAUUUCUCCAAGAUGCGAAUGAUCGCCCACGUGAUUCGCGAGAUCCGUCAUUUCCAGCAGACUCCUUACAAGAUCGAGCACAACCCACGCGUCACCGCCUACCUGCUGGACCCGAGCCUGCUCCUCAGCGACGACAACCUGUACCGCAUGUCCCUCGAGCUGGAGCCCCGACGGUCAACCCUGACCCACGUCAACGCGCCCCUCCUCACCACCGCCACUUCCUCCGGCUCGUCGUCAAGUUCUUCCUCCUGACAGCGGCGGCGGACGGCAGGGGAGAUCUGGGUGAGCCUAUGAGGUCCGCCCCCCUGCAGCCGCAUAGCCGACCAGGGGGGGAAUAGUAGGUCUUUCGCUGCUCUGAAUCUCUUGGGACGCCUCGAAUGGCGCGUCCUCGCAGCCACGACUACGGCGGAAGGCGGUGGCAGCAGCGACCACCGUAACAAACGAUUGUGACGACAUCCACUCAUGACCUUAACUAUGAUGAUACUACACGGAGACGUGGCGGCGGGUGGUGAUUCUUUGGAUCUCUAUAAUCAUCAGUCUCUCCUUGUACACAUUUAACCUGACUUGCAUGCAGUGACCAAAGGGAAAAUAGUUUUCGUCUAUGAUGGCGAAAAAUAAUAAUGGCAUUUUCCCUUUGUAGUUACCUUGCUGAGAAAGGUUCUAAUAGCAUUUGAGAAUUUUUCAAUGGGCUUUUGAUUAUUUCAUAUCAACGACAGAUUGUUAUCGUGACAUUAUCCUCGGAAUUUACCGAAGAUCUAUUCACAAUCACUUUGUAAGAGAUUCUUAUAGCCAUACCUCGAAGAUUUUUCACAAGAUAUUCACCCACAGCAUCACGUCUGCGUCUCAACAUAACCCCUAUCAAGACCACACCAUGACUCAAGCUUUCCGAAUCAUUCAAUAAUUACCAAGUCAUUCUGUCGACGAGAUUCCUUGGCAGAAUGUCGAGCUGUAGUAUCCACGCAUCUCCCCACUAUCGUUUUCGCAUCCAUCUGGACGUCUACCAGAUAAUCAGCACGAGGUAGCGUGGGACGAGGUAGCGUGGUGACGUUCUCAGAACUCCAGACACUAGCUAAGCAGUGUUGCCACAAAGAGCUGUACAGUGAAAUUGCUGCUGACCCAAUGAUGUCGUGAGGCCAAAGACCAAGAUUACGGUGUCUAGUUAUGCCGUAUUCUAUUACUCUCCGAUUCGCUACGCUGUGUUAUUUUUCAUCCUCUCUAAUGUUGGUGUAAGUAGUUGCUGGGGAUGUGAAGUCAUCACGAGCCUCUGAAGAUACUCGCGAAGGUCAAAGAAAUGUCCAACCUCUUCUUCGUAUUGCCACUCGACGUUCAGUAUCGUUUCGAGAUCGACACGUUGCUUUUGGCGUUUUUUAAAGCCAUGGAUGCUGCUGCGUUGGGCCAUUCUCAGAUUCAUGUCCUCCUGUAGGUUUUACUUGGCUGGACAGGAAAUAUCCGUAUAUCGACGUUGUAUUAUACUUGUCCAAAAUAGUGUUUACUUAAUGUAUGGUGAAUAAUUGUAAAAUGAAGUUGCAUUUUCUGAUAUUCCGCAAUAUCUAAAGAUAUAUUUUUUCCAACUUUAGGGCUUAUUGAUGUCUUUUCUUAAUACAGGUGGAUAUGCAUGUUUGUGAAUGCAUAAUCACACGUACCGAGAAUUACCAGGAGUGUGUUCCAUGUGGGUUAUAAAGUAGCAAUCAAGUGUCCUAACUUCUGUUGCUCACUCUCCCUUGCCUUGUUACUGUGCCUCUACUCUUAGCGGCGACACUGCACACCCACCACUUGGCUGAUCUGCUUCCCUGGUUCAGGUCGGGUCAGCCAGACUUUCCAGGUCACUUGACCAAGUGUUUCCAUUAUCCCUAUUGCAACAUUUGGUACCGAUUUUAACAGCCUGCCGUUUUUUCAUAAUCUGGUGGGUUGGCAGAGUGCCGUUCACUUAAUGCCACGGCCAACCAUUAGUACAGAGAACCUCAGGCCACCCACUGAUGUUUUUCAUUGGUUACGAGAAGGACCAGCUCCUCACCCACGUGAGGACGCCCCGCCCUCUCUGCACACGACACCACAUCCAAGAGAUUGGUACUUCUGUAGUCUUUGGCGGCAUUUAUAUAUGAAUUUAAGUCGAAUUGCCAAUUUUUUCAGCAAUAUUUACAUAUAUACGUCUAUUUUAAUAUUCCGAUAUUCUAUUUGCUAAUGCCAUAUAACGUUACAUAAAUCAAUUGAAUGGCAAGGUCGCUGCUGCUUUUAAAAUUUUGGAGCUUUCUACCUCCGAACUUUUUCCCCGUUGAGUCUGGUCUGGCACAGUGCUUAUUACGAGUUGGGAAUAGCAAGUUCUCCUUGGAAUCUCCGCCGGGUUUUUGCUAUAAUGGAGGCUUAUCACCAGGCUAGAAGCCAGAUAUACCCAGAAGCAGACUUGGUGUGGAUUCUUGUCUGAUUUACUUGCAGAUGUAAAACCUUCAUGGAGCUUUAGUUGGCCCGCCUGAUGUGGAAGAAACUGUGGAGAGAGGCUAAGCCAGUGUGAAGGGAUUAGUUUAUAGGUGUAGUUUUAUAUGAUAGGGAUGAUUAGAUGUUACUACCCGUUAGAUAAUCGUAGAGAAUUGUUCUUAAUACUUUUAUAUAGUAGUGUGUACCUGGAAAACCAUCUACUGUUGUGUUUGCUAAUAAUGACUCGGUCUGCCAAUCUUCAUUCCCGCCCCAGAUAGCAAGUAGGGGAACGUUUUCACGACGAUGGGAGAACCUUGCAGUUAGCCUUCCUUUGUGUACUCUUAGACCUCAAUGCUCUUAGCAUUACAGUCCAUAAAGAUAGGAUAGACUGCAUUCAAGAUAUUCAUUGUACAUAUAUUUAUACAUUGAUAGUAUGGACAGACAGCAGAAGUUCCCUAGUUGAGAAGACAUCAUGUGCACAUUUUGGUGGCGUAGUCAGUGGGCCUUAAGGUGGCCUAGUUUAGAGUAGGCCAGUAGAGGGCCAAGCUUAAGUGGCCUAGUGUGAAUAACAGGCUGUGUAAUGGCCUGGUGUGAACAUUAGACUGUUUGAUGGCCAUGGGUAUAUUUGGUCUAUGGUGUACCAAUAUGCUUUAAGCACAAACACUUGGAACACUGAGAAACAAAUGCCCACUUAGUCUAGAGUAAGGCCGGUAGGUGGCCUAGAGUAGAGAGUAGGCCAUUAGGGGCCUAGGUUAACCUGGUAGAGUUCAGACAACCUUAGCGCACUAGGGAGGGUACCUUACGAUGCUUCAGCUUCAGUCUGUCUUUCACAUAUCAACAAAGGCCGACCUCUCCCCCCCCCCCCCCUCCAACCUCAGCGUUCGAGUCGGGAGCGUCGGCCAAAGUCUCCGCCUCUUCCUGUGUCUAGAGUAUUAUUGUUUAGGAAGAUUAAGUAAAUACAUAAAUGAAAUAAAAGCCUAAGAGUUGCAUCUAGAAACUUGCACGUUUGCCGUUUCUUGUCUGGAUUCAGCUUUAAGAGAUUUUUACCUAUAGUAAUUUCGUAUUUGCCGGUCAUGUUCAUGGUGUAUAACUUUAUAUAAUGCACAAAAUACCAACUGAAUGAUAGUAUGACACCUCCAAAUUAUAUUUGUUUCCAGGCUAU